CCGCCAAAUAUAGAAUGCCCGGAUAACGUGUUCAGCAACACGGAACCAAAAAAGCCCACCAGGAGGGUGAAGUGGAGAAGACCAUUUGCCACGGACACCUCGGGUCACAUGCCCACAAUUACCAGCUUCCCAAAGGGUAUUGUGUCACCUCACGACUUUCCGAUUGGAAAAACACGCAUAAUCUACACAGCUACGGACCACAGUGGAAAUUCACAUUCAUGUGUGUUUACGGUUACCAUUGUAGAUAAGGAACCUCCAAAGAUAACUUGUCCCAAAGAUAUGGAAGUCAUCAAGACAGGGCCAGGUCACACAACUGUUGUCCACUGGCACCCGCCGACUGCUGAUGAUAACUCUGGAGGACACGUCGUUUUGUUUACUGAGUCGGUCGCUGAUUCCGGUUUUACAGUGGGGCGACAUCGAAUUACUUACAAGGCCACGGACCCGUCGGGCAAUAAGGCGUCAUGUACAUUCACUAUAACUGUUUCAAAUCCCAAGUGCCCGGCUUAUGCUCCUCCACUGAAUGGUCUCAUGGCUUGCGCGCAUUCGCAUCUGUUAGGCGGGACAGUGUGCACACCACAGUGUAAUCUCCCCAGGGAUUUCACCAGAGUUCCUGCCCAUAUGUACAUCUGCCAAUCGACAGGAACAUGGUUUGCGUGGGAUUCACGCCCAGUGGUGUCACAAGAGUUACCUUGGCCAGAUUGUACUGAUGUUGAUGGACCAGUGUUAUUUCGAAAAGGAAUGAGUUGGCAAAGCUUUUCAGGAGACUGUUUGGAUCCCAAAGUCCAGAAACUAGCCAAACAAAACUUGGUAAAAGCCUUCAUCGAUGUUUUUGGUCAGGAUUUUGGCCUCAUGGCAGACGACAUCAGCAUUGCAUGCGGCAAGUCCCGGAGAAACGAGAAAAGUGUUCUGCCGGGGGCAGAAUUCAAAAGUGAAUGAAGUGGACCAACUACUGAGAGAGUAGCUAACCAGUCAUGCACGAGAGUUGUUACCUGUCAACACGAAAUCGUUGCAUUGGAUUACAACAAUAAAAC